GUGUCAGACUGGAACAAUAUGGCGGCGCCAGCAGCAGCAGCAUCGUUAGCAUCGUUAGCCUCGUUAGCUCCGGGACCCGUGUGUGUGUGAAUGUGACCCGGCAGGAUGACCCUCUGUGCCCAGUACCUGAGACAGGCUGAGGCCCUGAAGGCUGACAUGACAGAUUCCAAGUUGGGGGCGGCCGAGGUGUGGACGUCCCGUCAGGCUCUGCAGGACCUGUACCAGAAAAUGCUGGUGACUGACCUGGAGUACGCUCUGGACAAGAAGGCGGAGCAAGACCUGUGGAAUCAUGCUUUUAAGAACCAGAUCACCACCCUGCAGAGCCAGGCCAAGAACCGAGCCAACCCCAACCGCAGUGAGGUGCAGGCCAACCUGUCGCUGUUUCUGGAGGCAGCAAGUGGCUUCUACACACAGUUGCUGCAGGAGCUGUGCAAUGUGUUUAACGUGGACCUGCCGUGUCGCGUCAAAUCCUCUCAGCUCGGCAUCAUCAGCAAUCCACAGAGCAGCAGCAGCAGCAUGGUCAGCCCGCAGCCCAGCUCCUGCUCCUACAUCUGCCAGCACUGCCUCGUCCACCUCGGAGACAUCGCCCGUUACCGUAACCAGACCAGCCAGGCGGAGUCGUACUACCGACACGCAGCUCAGCUGGUUCCAUCCAACGGUCAGCCCUACAACCAGCUGGCCAUCCUGGCCUCUUCUAAAGGAGACCACCUCACCACCAUCUUCUACUACUGCCGCAGUAUCGCAGUCAAGUUCCCCUUCCCAGCAGCCUCCACCAACCUGCAGAAGGCCCUGUCCAAGGCCCUGGAGAGUCGUGAAGAGGGGAAAACCAAGUGGAGUGUGUCCGAUUUCAUCAAGGCCUUCAUCAAGUUCCACGGCCAUGUCUACCUGAGUAAGAGUCUGGACAAGGUGGACGCUCUGAGGGGGAAACUGGAGGAGCAGUUUCAGCGGCUGAUCCUGCAGAAAGCCUUCAGUUCUCAGCAGCUGGUCCACAUCACAGUCAUCAACCUGUUUGAGCUCCACCACCUCAGGGACCUGACGGGGGACGGCAGCGAGCCGGCCUUCAGCAGCGAGCAGCAGAUCGGCUGGUUCCAGCUGCUCGGACUCUUCAUGUCCUUCCUGGGCGUCAUGUGCAGCCGUGUUCUGCUCAACAAGACCAGGGGGGAGGACAUCAUGGGGGAGUGUCCUCUGCCGGCCAUCAAAGUUUCCCUGGACUGGCUCAAGCUGAGACCCAGCGUCUUCCACGAUGCUGCAGUGGACCAGAGGCAGCAUGUUUGGCCCUGGCUCGUCUCCAUCCUCAACAGUUUCCAGCCCCAAGAGUACGACGUGUCCUGUUCCUUAGGUAGGACACCGGCUGCUGAUCCCUACAGACCAACAGUCACACCCCUGCCAGAGGAGUUUGAGCUGCAGGGUUUCUUGGCUCUCCGGCCGGCUUUGAGGUCUCUGGACUUCACCAAAGGUCACCAGGGAAUCCUGGUGGACCGAGACGGGCCGCCGGUCACCACUCGCCACCAGAGACUCAUCAGUCUGGGUAAAUGGGUGGCAGACAACCAGCCAGGGCUGAUUCAGUGCAAAGUGAGUGAGGACGGUCUCCUCCUCUUCAUCACUGACAUUCCAGAGCAGGCCAUCGAGGAGCCGCAGGAGAGGGAGGCACCGGUGCUGCAGGACUCGUCAAACGGCGAACAACUGCCUAACGACGUUGGAAACUCUGGCCUGAAGUCGGUGCUGUCGGCAGGGAAGACGCAGAGCUCAUGGCCUGACGGUGGUGACAGACCCGUCGUCACCUUCAAGGAGAACAUCAAACCCCGAGAGCAGAGCCGCGAGAUGAUGCGGAACCCUCAGAAGGACGGCGGCAAAGAGCGCAGAGACGUGGGUAAAGGCAACGGGGCUGCUGGGAAAGGAGAGCUGAAGAGGGACGGGAAGAGGAAGAGCGAGCCCAAGAAAACUGGCCACGAGAAAACGACUGAGGCCGUGAAACAGGUGAAGGCUCAGACGGAGCUGAGGAAGACUCCGGUGUCCGAGGUGAAGAAGACUCCUGUCACUCAAACUCAGACCACCUGCUCCUCCCAGUUCAUCCCCAUCCACCACCCUGGAGCCUUCCCCCCCCUGCCCAGCAGACCCGGUUUCCCGCCCUCAGCCUACGUGAUGCCUCCUCCGGUGGCCUUCCCGGGGCUCCAGGUGAAUCCGGGCUUCACCUUCUCCACCGGCGUGCCGGGGCCGUUCCUCCAGACGGCUGCUCACACUCAGGCUGGCACACAGGUUCAGGCCGGAAAGCAGUCCCACAUUCCCUACAGUCAGCAGAGGCCCUCCGGUCCAGGGCCGGGUCAGGGUCCCGGGUCCAUGAACCAGAGCCCCUCCCAGGGUCAGCAGCCCCUGUGCCAGCCGCCCUCCCAGCAUGCUUUGCAGCAGUCUGUCCAGCUGCAGGUGCAGACGAUGAGCCAGCAGCAGCAGUCUCCCACCAGACCGGUCCAGCAGGUCGGGAUCGGGAAGAGUCCGCCUCACCUCCCAGGACUGCACCAGUUCAUGCAGGUCCAGGACCAGCCGGCUCAGAUAUGGAACCAGGCACAGGCGGCGCUGCAGAAGAUGAAUCCCAUGAUGUCCAUGAAGCAGCAGCCGUCCCAGACGUUCUUCAUGGCGUCUCCGGAUCCUCUCAAACUGUACGAGCACCAGCUGCAGCCUCAGCUGUCCAACAUGGACAAGAAGAUCAAGUUCCCCGACGCCAAGAUGCAGGACUUCUACUGGGAGCCGUCCUACAGGAUGGGCGACGGCCUUGCUGUGAUGGCAGACAGGAUGAAGAGGCCCCCCCCGGGUGGGAUCUGCUCAGAGCAGGACGGCUCCACCGGGGGCCGGCCCCCCUUCGAGAUGUCCAACCAGACCAGGAUGGAGAGCGGCCCCGAGGGCGUCAGCCAAUCAUCUUCUCUUCUGCCCAUCUCUGGUUUCCCCAUGCAGGAGUACAACCAGAACAGCAUCUUCAGCCAGGCGUACGGCAAGACGCUGCCGCCCAGCGCCAAGGCCGACGCUCCCAUGAUGCACCAGGAGCCGUCCCUCUACUCCCUGUUCGAGGGGACGCCGUGGUCCCCCUCCCUCCCUGCCAGCUCAGACCACUCCACCCCGGCCAGCCAAUCCCCUCACUCCUCCAACCCCAGCAGCCUGCCGUCCUCCCCCCCCACACACAACCACGGAGCUAUGCCCUUCUCUAACUUCGGGCCGAUCGGCACUCCGGACAGCCGCGACCGCCGGGUGGUGGACCGCUGGAAGGCCGACAAGACCGGAGCCGUCAGCGGCUUCGGUCUGGACUACCUCCCGGCUGCGGCGUCCUCCGCAGCGUCCGACACCAGCUGGCACCAGGGCGGGCCGAGCGGCAGCUCCUGGACCAAUCAGGAGUCUCCAAUGGAGGAGUCGUCUUCCACCGUGCUGCUCGACAGCCUCAAGUCCAUCUGGUCCAGCUCCAUGAUGCAGCCGGGCCCGUCGGCGCUGGAGCAGCUCCUCCUGCAGCAGAAGCAGAAGCAGCAGCGAGGUCACGGCGCCAUGAACCCGCCUCACUGAACGCCAGCCGGGCGGCGCUUUGAGUCCGGAUGUAAGAACCACCACCGCCAGGAGAAACGUGAGGAGAGAAACACGACAGUUUGACGAAGACCAGCUCCGACUUAAAUGGGAAAUUAAACCGGUGAGAAACGGUGGAGGUCGGGGAGCUGACACGCCCCCCCGACGAGGCUGACACACACCCCCCCCACCCCCUCAGCCGUCGAGGAGCGGUGACCCCCCCUCCUGGAUCGGAGGGCGCGGGAUCUCUUCAACCAUGGCGCCACACGCCACUGCCGGGUUUCCUUCAACCCGCGGGAAUCUGAACAUUGAGGAACACCGCCCCCCCCCCCACCACCACUGCCUCCGUAGAACUGCUGUCUCCACCAGGAUGUCUCCACCAGGACGUCUCCACCAGGAUGUCUCCACCAGGAUGUCUCCACCAGGAUGUCUCCACCAGGAUGUCUCCACCAGGACGUCUCCACCAGGACGUCUCCACCAGGACGUCUCCACCAGGACGUCUCCACCAGGAUGUCUCCACCAGGACGUCUCCACCAGGACGUCUCCACCAGGGUU